AUGCCGAAAGCAAUUGUAUUUUUGGCUCAAGGAGCGGAAGAAAUGGAAUUUUCCAUCACGUACGACGUGCUCGUCCGCGGUGGUGUGGAUGUCACAUCUGUAUAUGUUCCAGGUGCGGAUGAACCUCUGUCGCCAGCCGAUGGGCUUGUUGUGGCGUCUCGUGGUGUCAAGCUUGGUGUUGACACGACGCUCGAAGCGUUGACGAAGAGCGGCCAUGCUGGCGACUACGAUGCAUACAUCAUUCCAGGAGGCGCAGGCGGCGCGAAUACACUUUCCAAGGACCCUACAGUGCUUCAGAUUUUACGUGAUUCCCAUGCUAAUGGCAAAAUCGUUGGAAUGAUCUGCGCCGGCUCUCUGGCUGCUUUAGAGGCACGUGUUGGGCUUGGCGGUCCUAUUACGAGCCACCCAUCUGUGAAAGACAAACUUGCUUCUUGUACGUAUGCGCAUGGUCUAGAUGGAUCUUCUAAUUUGCUUCUUUAG